UUAGUUCCGAGCUGUGUCACCGUAUUAUGGUUCCCCCAUCAUGUGUCGAACGUGAAGAAGCGGUAGUUCUUAUUCGGCAGCAGGUAAAAGUCGCUUAAUUCGCGCACACAUGUAGAUUGUCAGCAUGAAACUGACGCAAACGCUGGAGCUUUACCCCGACACCAGAGUGACGCAAGCGCUUUUUAAAGGCGUGAGAAACGCGGCAGAACUGAGACAGAAGGCGGUGGAGGGCAAAAUAAACGGCGCCCUCAUCAACCCGACGAUGCUGGUGGAUCCUUUCCAAGUGCUGGUGGCCGCCAACAAAGCCUUUCAUUUACGCUCCAUUGGGAACAUGAAGACCAGAAGUCUCAACUCGGAAAUCAUUUUCAGCCUGUCGCCGACUAACAAUAUCUCGGAGGCCUUCAAGAGGUUUGGGCUCUCCGACAGGGACGUCUCGGUCCUGGUGGUGGUUGUUCACGGCAAAGACGAGCUGCAGGCCGUGGAGGACAUCACGGCCUUGGUGGACGGACAGCAGCUCCCGGUGGACCAGGUUUCCUCACUGUCAGACUUGGAAAAGAUCCGAAAGCUGUACAAAGUCACGCCUCAGGAGGAGACGUGCGGCGGUCUGCUGGACGCCGUCGUAUGUAGAAUGGCUAUAAAAGACGUCAUGUAGGCCCUGAAGACACAACAGCGACACGGGAUUGAAAAUCUGCCCUUUUCAGCACAAAAAUGUCUUUAUGGUUAUUUUUUUAUGUUUUCAGCAGUGUUUAUGACUGCGUACUCUCCUGGGUUCAGUAAGUUAUGUCACAGUUCACUCGUUAUUCAGUUCUGUUUUCUGGAACCAGUUUGGGGGGAAAUUUAAAUAUGAAAUCAUUAAAAAUGAUUCUGUUUCUAGUCUUUUGUUACAUCCUUUAAGGACGUCUUUUGUCCUUUCAUGUUGAUGUGAAAAGAUGAAACGUCUCCGGGUACAUUUUGAUAUUCCGCAAUCAUGCCUAGCUCAAUGUGUCUUGCUUUAGAUACACAAAAAGAAAAAUUAGCCUCUCUUUAAUUACUUC